AUGCUGUACGCCUUACUUGGCAUACCACUGACACUUUUAUGCUUGAGUACAAUCGGUGAUACAUGGGCCAAAUGCUUUCGGUUCUUGUACAAGUACGUCUCUUUGACUUUGGGACGUAUGUGCACUUGCAGGGGCCCAAAAGUCGAACUGCCAAGGAAGACCAUCUUCAAGGAAGCGUUGAACACCAAAGGCGUGACAGUUCCUCUGUGGGUUAGCCUUUUGAUAAUUGGCGGAUAUAUUGGUGGGGGUGCGGUAUUGUUUUCAACAUGGCAACAAGAUUGGGACUAUCUUGUGGCUGCAUAUUUCUGCUUUAUCACACUCAGCACCAUUGGAUUCGGGGACUUCGUUUUCGGUUUUGGCUCAGACAACAACAACAACUUAAAACUGAUAGCCAGUGCAAUGUAUCUGUUCAUGGGGCUGGCGAUUAUUGCCAUGUGUUUCAAUCUGAUGCAAGAAGAAGUCAGAAUGAGAUUCAAUCGGAUAGGAUUACGAUUGGGACUUAUUAAACCCAAACAGAAGAAGCGACGGCUGCCCCAACUCGUUAAUUCUCAGCUAUCUCAGCCGCUGUCCCAACUAUCUCAGCCGCUGUCCCAACUAUCUCCGCCCCAGACACCAGUUAGUAUAUGA